AUGCUAACCUGGUUUCGACUCUCACUCGCUUACCUUGUUGAAGGUUUUUUCGUUUUUAUUUUCAGUACUCGUACUAUUUUCUCGUCGUCUCUUUUGAGAAGCGAGAAGAAGAACUUCGAAACCUUCGAUAAGGAAUUUCUGGCCGAGAUUGAGAAGAAAAUCAGUAGAAAUAGACAAAUUUUAAGAAAACACUCCUUGUCUCAUAUUAAAGCACGAGAACUCAGCUCUUCUAUCGCGAAUUUAAACAUUUCAAUGAAUAAUGCACAGCAAAAGCGUCGUGAUGCUUUUGAGUCACCAGCUAGUUCGAUCGCCAAUAUUCCCGCCCAUGUGUCGAUUGAGAUAUUGGGAAACGGCACGUGCCAUUUACGUGCAUGUGUCGCAAUCCGCACUCCUUUGAAAAUCUACCUAUUCAACUGUCCGGAAGGCGCUUCACGAUUUCUUCCACAAUUGCGCAUGAAGUCGCUCAAUGUCAACGAUAUUUUCAUUACGCGAUCUACAUGGGAUAAUAUAGCUGGAAUAUCGUCAAUUUUGUUAUCAAAAGAGUCCAACUGCUUACCCACUCGUCUGCAUGGUGCAAUGAACGUGAAACAUUUUCUGGAAUGUAUUCGCCCUUUCCAAGAUUCUGAUUACGGAUCAACAAAGUACCCCUCCCAGGUUGAAGAAAGGCCAUACACGUUGGAAAGUUAUGAGGACGCAGCGCUAAGAGUAACAUAUUUACCGCUGAGCGCACCUCUACAUAAAUCAGACAACAAGGCAGGUUCUCUAAAUAUAGCAUAUCUUAUUGAGUUAAAAACGCCUCCAAGGCGAAUCGAUCCUCUCAAGCUAAUAGCACAAAAGGUUCCUAAAGGACCUCUCAUAGGGAAGCUCAAAAAUGGCGACGUUGUAGUGCUUCCUGAUGGCCGAGAAGUGCGACCAUGCGAUGUGCUAUCCGACGAGGCUCCUAAGGAAGAACAUCGUAGGACUCUGGUAUUCGAGUGUUCAGGUGAAGCUCACAUCAAGGCGUUAAGUGAAAACUCAGUUUUACAGGAGUAUUUGUGCGGCUCUUCUCAUAUCGAUUACGCUGUUCAUCUGAGCGACCAGAGUGUCGUUCAGCAGCCCUCCUACGCUAAAUUUGUUGCAUCUCUUGGAGAAAAAUGUAUUUUUGGACUUCUUCAUUUCAGAAAAGAGUAUUUAUUUGUUUUGUCUGUUCAACCGUUCAGAAAUCAUCGCUUGCUCAAUCGAAUUUGCCCAGAUCUCUUCCCACAGUUACAUCCACUGGGAUGGAAGGGGCUCGUGACACAAGGGAGUGAACUUGCGAUGUAUGAUGGAGUGUACAUUAAGGCUGCACCUUUACAGCGGUUUUGGAUGAGAAUGGGAGGUGCUUGUCGAAGUGGAGAAGAGCCCAUAAUCGCUGACUUGCGUGAUACUGACCCUAACUUCACCGAAACCGCCAAGAAUUUGAUUCGCCAUCUUCAUGAAGAGGCGAGACAACUUCGCGCUUCGUCUUCUUCUGGAGGUGAAUAUCCACGAGUUUCUUUUCUUGGAACAUCUUCGGCGGUGCCUUCUAAAUACCGCAAUGUUAGCAGCUACCUCUUGGAAGCCAGUCCUUCAUCAGCAAUGCUUAUUGAUGUGGGUGAGGGUACCUAUGGUCAACUACGUGUGAUGCAUGGGAAUGAAGGAUGUGCUGAGUUACUACGCAAGUUGAGAGCCGUAUUUGUAACACAUGCUCAUCAGGAUCACAUGAAUGGUCUAUACACAAUUAUUGAGCGGCGUAAGGAGGCGAUUGAAGGUCAUGGAAAUCAGUACACACCUCUGGUGUUAGUUUGCAAUCGGAAUGUUCUGAAACCUUUGAAAACUUACUCGAUGUGUUUCUCUGAUCUCGAAUCGUUGCUAGAGAUAGUUGACAUUUCAAGGCAUCCCAUUACCCCUCCAGCGAGUCCCGGACCUCCGACAAAAAGGCGUCGAUUACCAUCUCCUGUGUUGUCAGCGUGCCGCAAUGUCAUUGACCAAAUGCCACGACCGCUCUUCGACGAGCAAACGUGGAACGUUCAAGAAAUAAAAGCUGUCCAGGUGCAUCACACCAGAAUGGCGAAUGGAUUCAUUUUCGGCAUCAACGGAAGGCGAGUUGUAUUUUCUGGAGACACGAAGCCCUGCGAUUUGUUGGUAGAAGAAGGACAAAACGCUGACUUGCUCAUUCACGAAGCCACUUUUGAAGAUGGGCAUGAGGCUGAUGCUUUGAGAAAAAAACAUUCGACCAUGGGCCAGGCAGUCGAAAUUGGUCGCAAAAUGAGGGCGCGAAACGUCAUUUUGACACACUUCAGCGCAAGAUACCCAAAGGUGCCUGCCUUGCCGGCAUAUCUAGAGAAAAGUGGAAAUGUAGGCGUGGCCAUGGACAACUUGUCCGUUCGCUUCGAUCAACUUGGAUUGGUGCCAAAACUUAUUCCAAUCUUCAGGGAAGUGUACCAAGAGGAGCUAUUUGAAAUUGAAUUACGAAAAGAGACUCGGAAUCUCAAGCAGAAGGAAGAACUCGAGUCAAAGGAAAAGCUUGAAGUGAAGUCGCGCAAAGACUGGAUGGCGGAAGAAGUGCAAGCUGAUGUAAGAAUCCUCCUAGUCGGAGAACCUGGAGUUGGGAAAACUUCUUUGGUGAUGAGCCUCCUUGAAGACGAAUGGGUCGAGAAUGUUCCAGCCAAAUUAGACAGAGUGUUGAUUCCUGCAGACGUUACACCGGAAAAUGUCACCACGUCCAUCGUAGAUUGCUCGGUGGGGAAUGAAGGCGAAUCAUAUAUCGUCAACGAACUCAAGCAGGCAAACGUCGUUUGCAUUGUUUAUACGGUAUCUGAUGACAAUACGAUUAAACGGGUAACUGACAGAUGGCUUCCAUUAUUACGUGAUGUAUACGGUCCUGAGCACGAAAUUCCUGUAAUUCUUGUUGGUAAUAAAUCAGAUGGCUCCACCAAUCAUACGGAUAAGUUAGGUUUUUACUUCAGGACAAUCGCUCUGGUGUUACCGAUUAUGGAGCGGUGGCCGGAGGUUGAGACUUGUGUCGAGUGCUCAGCGAAGACUAUGAAAAAUGUUAGCGAGAUAUUCUUCUAUGCUCAGAAAGCCGUCGUACAUCCUACAAGGCCACUUUAUGACGCAGAUGAGAAACGACUCACGGAUAAAACCCGCAAAGCACUUAUCCGAGUUUUCAAGAUUUGCGAUAGAGACAACGAUGGUUAUCUGAAUGAUGCUGAACUUAAUGAAUUUCAAAAACUUUGCUUUGGGAUACCGUUAACGUCUGCGGCGAUAGAAGAUGUGAAGAGAGCUGUGGCAGAUGGCUGUUUUCUCUACCUCAAUCUCCUCUUCAUUGAGAGAGGACGACAUGAGACCACAUGGACGGUACUGCGGAAGUUUGGGUAUGAGUCGAACUUAAAACUUGGAGAGGAUUAUCUCUAUCCAAGGAUUCAGGUCCCAGUUGGCUGUUCCACUGAGCUUUCGCCAGAGGGAAUUCAAUUUCUCUCAGCCCUGUUCGAAAAGCAUGACGAGGAUAAAGAUCAAUGUCUGUCACCUUGCGAACUCGCUAAUCUUUUCAGUGUCUGUCCAAUAGCAGCGUUGAGCAGGGAGAUAUUAUCGGCUGUUGAAACUAAUUCUCGCGGAUGGAUUACUUACGCUGGGUAUAUGGCAUAUUGGAAUAUGACUACUCUGAUCAAUGUGUCGCAAACGAUGGAACAGUUGGCUUACCUAGGAUUUGCCGUCGGUCGUAGCACGCAGACUCGAGCUGGCUCUUCUGCGGAUGCCAUAAAGAUCACGCGAGAGCGCAAAAUCGAUCUAACUGAGCGUGGUACCACUCGGCGGGUAUUCCAGUGCCUUGUCGUUGGAGCAAAGGAUACUGGAAAGAGUGUUUUCAUGCAAUCCUUAGUCGGUCGUGGAUUGCUAGAUGCAGUGCACACAGGUCGAAGGCAUUACCCGUAUGUGAUUAAUCGAGUUAAGGUGAAAGAGGAGAGUAAGUACCUAUUACUCAGAGAAGUCGAUGUGCUUUCACCACAGGAUGUGCUGAGUAGCGCAGAAACGACCGCCGACGUGGUAGCAUUCCUCUAUGACAUCAGUAAUCCCGAGUCAUUCGCAUUCUGUGCGACAAUUUAUCAGAAAUAUUUUUACCGCACAAGAACACCAUGCGUCAUAAUAGCGACAAAGGUGGAACGCGAAGAGGUUGAGCAACGAUGGGAGGUGUCGCCAGAGGAAUUCUGUAGGCAAUUCGAACUACCGCGGCCAAUCAAAUUCACAAGCAGCCAGAUCGGUGUCGCCAGCGGUCAAAUUUUCGAGCAGUUGGCGACUAUGGCCGUAUACCCUCAUUUGAGACGAGUCUACUACCUUCAUGAUUCUAACUUACUGCAGAAAAUAACUUUCGGAGCUGCUCUAGCAGCGCUAGCCGGUUUUCUUGUUUUCAAGAAUUUAUGA